AUGCACUUCUGCUGCACUCUCGCGAAGGAUACUGCAACAAGCGAAUCAUCACCAAAAGUCCGUUUUGAACUGGAAAUAAACCCGACCGAGAAAGCUGGAAACAAAACCACCCCGGCAACUUCUUCCAUUCAAGCAAAAGUUGCUGGAAAUGUGGAUGUAGCACCACUGCUGGCCAAUUUUACAGGUGGCCCAGGUGCUGGUAAAGGAACACAGUGUGCGAAAAUCGUGGAAAAAUACGGAUUAACACAUUUAAGCACAGGAGAACUUCUCCGCGCCGAAGUGAAUUCCGGUUCGCCACGGGGUGCCGAAUUAAACAAAAUUAUGCAGAAUGGCGACCUUGUUCCUCUGGAUGUAGUCCUAGGUUUGUUAAAAGAAGCAAUUUCGCGCGCAACGAUCAACGGCAGUAACGGCUUCUUGAUUGACGGCUAUCCGCGAGAAAUCAAACAAGGAGAUUGUUUUGAAGCCGAGGUCCAGGCACCCAAUCUGGUAUUUUAUUUAGAAGUCAGUCAGGACACACUCGUUAAGCGUUGCUUAAAACGAGCACAGACAAGGUUAUCACGAUUCCUUUCGUUAACAAAAUUUAGCAGUGCUUUAACGGUGCUGCUCAGUGACCUUUAUUUCGAAGUUUAA